AUGAAAGUAGCUUCCAAGAGAAAUGUCAUAAUUGAUGCUCUUAGUAGAGUUGUGCACUUAAUAUGGCCUAUAAAUAUUUUUCAAGGAGUUCAACAGAUAGAUUUUGCCGUUAAAUUAUCUCCUGCAGAAUCUCCAGUGGUUCACCAUGUGCAGAGAAAGGAAGAAGAAGCUAAAGGAAUGAGCCUCAUAAACAACAUAUUUGAUGGUACCAAUUAUGGCAACUGGAAAAGAGGAGUCUUGAUAUCAUUGUCACCCAAAAACAAAGUAAGCUUCAUAAAUGGAACUUGUAAACCACCAAGAAAGGAUUCAACAAUGUUUGCUCAGUGGAUUCAUUGUAAUGACAUGGUCCUCUCUUGGCUAUUGAACUCCUUAAGCAGAGAAAUAGCUGAGAGUGUUAUCUAUUCAUCGGCUGUUGUAGAUCUGUGGAACGAGUUGGAAGAGCGAUAUGGACAAGUCGAUGGAACCAAGCUAUUUCAUCUUCAAAGAGAGCUAAACAUCAUUACUCAAGGAUCUAGUGAUGUAGCGUCCUACUUCACUAAAUUGAAGAGGAUCUGA